GCGGGGCCGGUGUGUCCCUCACGGCGGCGGCGGCGGCAGCGGCAGGAGCCGCACGGGCGGUGCCGCUGCGGGGACCCGCCCGCCCCCGCGCUGAGGUGCCGCUGUGUCCCUCACGGCGGCGGCGGCGGCAGGAGCCGCACGGGCGGUGCCGCUGCGGGGACCCGCCCGCGCCGCUCCGCCCGCGCCCCCCGGGCACAGCCCGCCGGCCGUGAGGGCUGUGCCGCGCUGCCCCCCCGCCCCGGGGCGCUAUGAGCCAUGAAGCCGCCCGGCAGCAGCUCCCUGCGGCAGCCUGGCUGCGGCGGCCGCCGCCGCCCCGCGCUCCUGCCGCUCCUCGGCCACCUCGUCUCGCUGCUCCUGCUCCUCCAUGGCUCCUCCUGCCCCCGGGCCCGCGCGGCCGCAGCGGCCGCCGGCCUGCACUGGAAUGAAACAGCAAGCGGUAUAGAGGAAGUACUGGCAGAGGAAGAGAAUACAUUUCAACAGAGUAACAGCAGUAACAGUAAAAAUAACAGCUACAGCAAUGCAAUCCAGAAAGAAAUCACACUGCCUUCAAGACUAAUCUAUUACAUCAACAGAGACUCUGAGACUCCUUACCAUAUCCUGGAUACCAGGGCAAGGCACCAGCAAAAACAUGACAAGGCUGUACAUCUGGCCCAGGCAAGUUUCCAGAUUGAGGCCUUUGGCUCUAAAUUUAUCCUUGACCUCACAUUGAAUAAUGACUUAUUAUCUUCCAAUUAUGUGGAGAUUCACUAUGAAGAUGGAAGCCCAAAAUUUUCUAAGGGGGGAGAACAUUGUUACUACCAUGGAAAUAUCAGAGGUAUGAAGGAUUCCAAAGUUGCUCUUUCAACUUGUAAUGGACUUCAUGGCAUGUUUGAAGAUAGUAGUUAUUUGUACUUGAUAGAACCGAUGGAUCUGACCCACACUGCAGAAAGUAAAAGUAGGCCACAUAUCAUCCAAAGAACUUAUGGAACACAAGCUUCCAAGCAGUUGCAGGACCUCGAGACUGACUCUAGUUCUGAAUGGCCCUUUCUAUCUGAACUGCAGUGGCUGAGGAGAAGGAGAAGAAAGAGAGCAUUAUCUCGAGGUGUCUUUGAAGAAAUGAAAUAUCUGGAACUCAUGAUAGUCAAUGACCAUAAAAUGUUCAAAAGGCACCGUUCUUCAACUGCAUACACAAACAAUUUUGCAAAGUCUGUGGUAAACCUUGUAGAUGCUAUAUACAAGGAACAGCUGAACACCAGGGUGGUUCUCGUUGCUGUGGAGACUUGGACAGACAGAGAUCGCAUUAAUAUUCACCCUGACCCUCUGCAGAUGCUCCACGAUUUCUCCAAGUACCGGCAGCACUACAUCAAGCAGCACGCUGAUGCUGUGCACCUGCUCUCGAAUGUGACAUUUCAUUACAAAAGGAGCAGCUUAAGUUACUUUGGAGGUGUUUGCUCUGUGGCCAGAGGAGUAGGAGUGAAUGAGUAUGGCCUCCCUUUGCCCAUGGCCCAGGAACUAGCACAGAGUCUUGCUCAGAAUCUUGGAAUACAAUGGGAGCCAGCUGCCAGGAAACCGAAGUGUGACUGCACUGAAUCCUGGGGUGGUUGCAUCAUGGAGGAAACAGGGGUAUACCAUUCCAGGAAAUUCUCCAAAUGCAGCAUUGCAGAAUACAAAGAAUUUUUACUUCGUGGGGGAGGUGCCUGCCUUUUUAACAGGCCAACAAAGCUCUUUGAAGUCACUGAGUGUGGAAAUGGAUAUGUAGAAGCAGGAGAAGAAUGUGAUUGCGGUUUCCGAAUGGAAUGCUAUGCAGACUGCUGUAAAAAGUGCUCUCUUUCCAAUGGGGCUCAUUGUAGUGAUGGACCCUGCUGUAAUACAUCGUGUCUUUUUUUCCCACGAGGUUAUGACUGUCGAUAUGCAGUGAAUGAGUGUGACAUUGCAGAGUUCUGCACUGGGGAUUCUGGACAGUGUCCACCAAAUCUUCAUAAACAAGAUGGGUAUGCCUGUGAUUCUAAUCAGGGUCGUUGCUAUAAUGGUGAAUGCAAGACAAGAGAUAAUCAGUGCAAAUAUAUCUGGGGAUCUAAGUCUUCAGGAUCUGACAAAUUUUGUUAUGAAAAGCUUAAUACAGAAGGCACAACAAAAGGAAACUGUGGGAAGGAUGGAGACCGAUGGAUUCAGUGCAGCAAACAUGAUGUUUUCUGUGGCUUUUUGCUCUGUACUAAUCUUACUAGAGUUCCACGAGUUGGUCAAGUUCAAGGAGAAAUUAUCCCAAAUUCUUUUUAUCAUCAAGGACGCAUAGUGGACUGCAGUGGUGCUCAUGUUCUCUUAGAUGAUGAUACAGAUUUAGGUUAUGUGGAGGAUGGAGCUCCAUGUGGACCUCAGAUGAUGUGUCUGGACAAAAAGUGCCUGCCAAUUCAGUCCUUGAACAUAAGCAGCUGUCCCAUUGGUUCCAAUGGAAAAGUCUGUUCUGGUCAUGGGGUUUGUAGUAAUGAAGCCACUUGCAUUUGUAAUUUCUCCUGGGCUGGGACAGACUGCAGCAUUGAUGAUCCUGUCAGGGAUACUGGUGGCAAGAAGGAUGAAGGACCCAAGGGUCCUAGUGCCACCAAUCUUAUAAUAGGCUCCAUCGCUGGUGCCAUCCUGGUAGCAGCUAUUGUCCUUGGGGGGACAGGAUGGGGCUUUAAAAAUGUCAAAAAACGAAGGUUCGAUCCAACUCAACAAGGCCCUAUCUGAAGAAAUGCCAUUCAAAAAGCUGCUUCUUGCACUACUGGAUUUUGGGUAGAAAUAGCAUCUUUUCUGUAGUGUUACAUGACCUGAAACCUCUGUCUCAUCUAUGAGUAAACAAUCAACUUUUCUUGAUAAAAAUAUCCUCCUGCAAAUGGCUCUGGGUAAGGCCUGCAGCUCACGUGUAUUAAAUUCAUAAGAGAUGGAGACCCAUAGAAGAUAUGAACACUGGCUUCCAGGGGAAUAUAUCAUGUGCUGCAAAGAAAGAAAGAUUAUUGAUAGCUUAAGAAGGGCACAGAAAGCUUUACUGAGGGAGUGUAUGGAACUGAAUCCAGUCCUGGUACAUUUCUUCUCCGCUAGGAGGCUCUAGGAUCAAUCUAAUUAUAUUCUAUUUCUUGGAAAAAGGUUUUUGAUAAGUGGAAAUAUCAGAGGAAGCAGAGUGUAGUAGGCUCAGGAAGUAUUUGUGGAGCCAACUAUUUUAUCUGUAGCAGUAUUUCCCUUGAGCAGCAACUCUCAUGUCUGUGAGAGCCCCUAGUUCAAUACCCUUGGGUCUGCCAGGAUUAUAAGUGGAAUGAAACCAAUGUUGUUCUUGAUUAGAAACCAGAUAAAGCGCGCCCCAGAAGGAGACUCAAACUCACUUCUUAACAAUGAAUCCACAAAGGUUGCAGGUUGACAGAAAUUUAUCAACUCACAAGAAACAUUUUAUCAUCUCCUUUCCAUCUGGCUCUACACUCAGCAGCAUGGGGCACAGUCCUUACAGCUCCACACCACAGACACAGAAACAGCAGCAAAAAACACUUCUGUGGCAUUUUAGUCUUGCUCUGCUCUGGCCCCCGCAGCCAGGCCAGCCACAAUCACAAGCAGCCCCAGAGCCUCCAGGUUCCAUCACAACACCCAAGUCUUACCUGCACACUUCCCUUCUCUCCUUUGCCUGGUUCAACCCCCAAAUGCAGAGGCAAGGAGAAGCACACUGGCUACUCACUUGCCAAGGGGGCUGCAGAUUGCACAUGGGUCCAGAAUCGGGUACAGAGCAGACUUUAAAAAGAAACAAAUAAAACCAAAAGCUGAUCCUUAAGGAUUAUAACAGCCCAGGAGAAGGAAGACUACUGGAAUAGCCUGUAUUCAAUAGCGCAGAGAAGAAAUAUUGGGGAUCCUACAUAUGAGAGGUUCCCCCCCAACAUUGCAAGGGCCCCUUGCAAGGUAUUACACUCUUUAGUUCAUCCUGAAGUCCGUUUCAGCAGUUAAUGACCACUAUUCCUGCCAUUCCUAAACUCAUACUUCUAGCCAAAUAAAUGGAACAUUUGCAAGUUGGCCAAACUCCUACAGUAUAGCUAUUUGCAAGGGUUCUUGUCAGUGUUCUCUCAUCCCCAGAAAGUUCCUUGUGCUUUUGUUAAGUGGUAGCCUACACAAAAUACACUUUCACAGGGAUUGCUUAUUGAGGAGAAAAAGCAUCAGAAGAAAAGCAGUGCUUAUUGUCAUAAGCACAUUGCAAGUCAAGGAUUUGGAAAGGAAUUUCUUCUCCAUUUACAUGGACUGGAUGCACAGAAAGAAUGCAAACUAUAAAGGUAUUGAUGAACAUCAGAGAAACCUGUAUCUCAAGCCAACUUUCCAGCUGAUGAGAACCACUGUGGCCCCACUGACUUCAACUAAGAUAAGCCCUAUGCUACUGUUGCUUUCUGGGGAAGGGAUUAUGAUUUCAUUUGAAGAUAUAAAAGGGAGCUGCCAGUGAAAGCCUUGGAAAAACAAGUAGUUUGCUGCCCAGCUGGUAUGGACUUGUACAUCUGCACUGGCUUCAGACAGGCAUCAAGGUGCUACAUGAUUUGGCCUAUAAACUACAAGAGUGAGGAAAAAAGAAUGGUCUCACCUGCCUAUUGUUUCAAAUAGCUGGUGUUAAGCAAGUUCUGCCCAACAGUGCUUAUCAGCAUGGUCACAGAGCCCCAGCACUUUUAGUAGUAUGUUUUCUGUACACAAGGGGAUCACAGCAGGCACGG